AAUAUUUUGGCACGAAAAUUCCUUGAUUGAUUCCGAGAAUCACUAGGAAAAUCCAAGCUUCGCUUUGGCAUUGAAAUCGCCCCACCCUCUUGACAAUUUCUCUCAGAAGCUGCCAAAUCCCGUGAGGAAGAGAUGGUUUUGUCUCAGAAACUCCACGAAGCUUUCAAAGGCACUGUGGAGAGGAUCACGGGCCCUCGAACGGUCUCGGCCUUCAAAGAGAAAGGAGUUCUCAGCGUCACCGAGUUCGUUGAAGCCGGCGAUAAUCUCGUCGCCAAAUGCCCCACCUGGUCUUGGGAGUCAGGUGACCCUAACAAGAGGAAGGCAUAUUUACCACCAGAGAAGCAAUUCUUAAUCACUAGAAAUGUGCCUUGUCUUCGAAGAGCUGCAUCUGUAGAAGAAGAGUAUGAAGCUGCUGGAGGAGAAGUUUUACUUGAUAAUGAAGAUAAUGAUGGGUGGCUAGCAACUCAUGGGAAGCCUAAGGAAGGUAAAUCUGAUGAGGAUGAGAAUUUACCUUCCAUGGAAAGCCUGGAAAUCAGCAAAAAGGAUUCUGUUAAGCCAAUUUCUUCCAACAGGGGAGUUGAUGAAGAUGACGAUAUACCAGAUAUGGAAGAGUUUGAAGAAGCUGACAAUAUUAUUGUAACAGAUCCUUCCACAUAUUUAGUCGCCCAAGAACCUGAUGAUGAUAAUAUUCUUCGAACCCGAACAUAUGAUGUCAGCAUCACGUAUGACAAGUAUUAUCAAACCCCUCGAGUGUGGCUUACUGGAUAUGAUGAGUCAAGGAUGCUUUUGCAACCAGAACUUGUCCUUGAAGAUGUUAGUCAAGACCAUGCACGCAAAACGGUAACAAUUGAGGACCACCCUCACUUGCCUGGGAAGCAUGCAUCUAUUCAUCCUUGUCGACAUGGAGCAGUGAUGAAGAAAAUUAUUGAUGUCCUGAUGUCACGAGGAGUUGAACCAGAAGUUGACAAGUAUCUAUUCUUGUUCUUGAAAUUCAUGGCCUCUGUAAUUCCAACAAUUGAGUAUGACUACACCAUGGACUUUGAUCUUGGCAGCUCCAGCCGUUGACCAAGUGUUUACUUGCAGCUUGAUUAUUUCUGUCUGGCGUGGCCAUAAGUUCUGUUCAAGAAAUAGAAGACCAACAUUUUCCUUUCCUUUUUAUCCAUUGGAGAAUAUCUUUCAGUUCCCUGCUUUAUCCCAUAUUUUAUUAUAAUUAUGUUUUUCUCAUGUAGGAUUUUAUUUAUUUCAUGCAGAAAAAAUUUACUACCACUAUUUGAUGUUGUACUGCUUAUGUGGAUAAUGCAGUUGUUCUCUUUAUGGGUUUUCUUUUUGUUUUUUUUUAAUACACACACUUAGAGUUUCACACAUACGUCAAUAUGUAUACUCGCCCUCACACACUUAAUGGAUAUUCAUGCAAAUUUGCAUACUCAUAUCU